AUGCGCCCCACCGAGCCUUGGAGCCCCGGGUGGGGGCUGCCGUCCUGGGACUACUCGGGCUCGGGCGCGCUGCUGGAUCUGGAGCUGGAGCUGUGCCCGUCCCGGGACCUGCCCUACAGCUACGCCUACAUCCCUGCACUCUACCUGGCGGCUUUCGCCUUGGGCCUGCUGGGCAACAGCUUUGUGGUGUGGCUGCUGCUGGCACGGCGGCGCGGGCCACGGAGGCUGGUGGACACCUUCGUGCUGCAUCUGGCGGCGGCCGACCUGGGCCUGGUGCUCACGCUGCCGCUGUGGGCGGUGGCGGCAGCGCGCGAGGGCCGCUGGCCCUUCGGCGAAGGCCUCUGCAAGCUCAGCACCUUCGCGCUGGCCGCGUCGCGAUGUGCGGGUGCGCUGCUGCUGGCAGGCCUGAGCUUCGACCGCUACCUGGCCGUGGUGUGGCUGCUGGACGCGCGGCCACGGCGCACGCCUCGCUGCGCCCUGGCCGCCUGCUGCGGCGUCUGGGCUGCUGCAGUCCUGGCUGGCCUGCCAGCGCUCAUCUACCGCGGGCUGCAGCCGCUGCCUGCCGGCGCGGGCAGCCAGUGUGGGGAAGAGCCCUCCGACGCCUUCCAGGGCCUUGGCCUGCUGUUACUGCUGCUCACCUUCGUGCUGCCGCUGGCAGUCUCCGUCUUCUGCUACUGCCGCAUUUCGUGCCGCCUGCGCCGGCCGCCACACGUGGGCCGCGCCCGCAGCAACUCGCUGCGCAUCAUCUUCGCCGUCGAGAGCACCUUCGUGGGCUCCUGGCUGCCUUUUGGCGCCCUGCGGGCCAUCUUCCACCUGGCGCGCCUCGGAGCCCUGCCGCUGCCCUGCCCCCUGCUGCUGGCGCUGCGCUGGGGCCUGACCGUCGCCACCUGCCUGGCCUUCGUUCACAGCUGCGCCAACCCGAUCAUCUACCUCCUGCUGGACCGCUCCUUCCGCGCCCGGGCCCGACUCAGGUUCUGCGGGCGCGCACACCUUGGAGUGCGCCGGGUCGGCUCGGCUUCGUCGCUUUCGAGGGACGAUAGUCCCGUGUUCUGGAGCCGCCCCCAGCGCGUCGGCACCGCCACCACCACCGCCUCGCUGGUCCUGUAGGCGCCCGCAGACUGGUGGAGGUGCGCCGGGGGUGCGUCGUGGAUGGAGAGCGGGGAGCAAGAGGAGACGGGAGCCCCAGGUGGGUCCCCGGCACUGCAGUGGCAGCCGCUCCCGCCUGCCUGGCCUGCGCUUAGCACCGCCUGGGUGUCCUCUUUCUGCUUCCCCCUAUCCCCAGGCCGCUGGGACCAGUUGCUCCGGCAGCCCAGGCUGUGACCUGGGACACACAACGAUCUGGGUACCUAUAGGGCCACCACUUACAGAAGGGAAGUGGUUUUCUCCUCUGCACCCAUCUCAACACCCAACCCCCAGCCGCAGAGUCCCCUCUUGUGAAGGCUGGCUCUGGACCCGUCUGCCCCCCACCACCUCCGCCUCCAAAAAUCACACAGAACACGGGACUUGAGCAAUCGAGAUGACUGUGCGCUCUGCUUCUUUGACUGUGCCAUGAGUCACCGCCAAAUUCUGAUUUUCAUUUUCAAAGCUCCCCAAGUUACAAGAGCCGGUCCCCAGGACAGUACCCCCCCACAGUGCCCCCUGGUUUUGUGUCUGAUGUUCACCUUGUCUGGCAAAGCUGCAGGACUCAACGCAGAUGCUGCCCCUGUUUUUUCCUCUGGACCGCAGGCUGGAAGACCCCCAGCCAGCCCUCUUCACCCUCCAUCCCUGGCCCGGGCACCCCCUCCCCCCCAAUAAACACCUCU